AUGAACAACGAGGUGGCGUUGCAGAACCAAUAUGAGCUCUCAAAGACUCUAAACAAUAAAGUGAAUGUUGCACAUACGGCAUCCCAGCAACUUGCUUUGCAACUGAAGAAGAUCAAACAGGUGAAUCAGGAUGCUACACUGACGUCCAUGUCAAAUAAUUGUAAAAAGCCCAUCAAUAAUAGUUACAACCUCAACAAUUACAAGACCCUCAAGGGACAUUUUGACAAAGUGUCGAGCUGCGCCUGGUACCCGGAUAGCAGUCACCUGGUGAGUUCGUCCCAAGACGGCUAUUUGCUGGUCUGGGACGCAGUCAGAGGGUUGAAGAACAACCUUGUCGAACUCGAUGAUCCGUAUAUAAUGGGAUGUGAUGUCAGUCAUAACGGGCAGUUUGUUGCAACCGGUGGGUUGGACAAUACUUGCAUUGUCUACAAAUUAGGUACAGAUAUUGACAACGAAAAUAGGAGUACUGCUCUUCUAUCGAUAUUGAGGGAUCAUAAGGAGUACAUUUCAGACUUGUCCUUCCUACACAAAUCUUCAACACAACUGAUUACUUCUUCCGGUGAUAAAAGCUGUAUACUAUGGGAUACUUCCAAAGGUGGGUAUGUUCGUCAUUUUUAUGGGCAUUUAGGUGACGUACUCUCGCUGGGGGUCAACAAAAACGACGGAAACAACACCAAUCCGAAUCUAUUUGUGACCUCUUCGUCGGAUAGGCUUGCAAUGCUUUGGGAUACGAGAGCCCCUUUGGCUAGUCGGAAAUAUCUAGUGAAUGCCAGAUACGACUCCAGCGAGAUCGAGUUCUUCCCUGACGGUAACUGCUUCACUUGUGGGUGUGACGACGGCACAAUCAAGUUUUUCGAUAUAAGAUGCGACGGAGAGUUGUCAACCUACGGGAUAGAUAAGGUUCGUCGAUACAUCAGCCUCAACGGGUUACAAUCCACGGUGCCUGCAUACGUGAAUCACAACAUGAAUAGUGCGACGUCAGUCAACUUCGAUAGCCAAGACCAAAAGUCAACCUCCGCCAGAUCCUUGCACAGUAAUAUUCAAGCAUCUAUUGACAACCCAGGUGUGCUAUCCCUGGAUUUCACCAAAAGCGGCAGGUUAAUGCUGGCAUCAUAUGCGGAGUCCAGCAGUGUCUUUGUAUGGGACAUAGUAACAGGUGAUAUUGUCGGUGCAUUGAAUGGCCACAGCGGAGUGGUGAGCAAGGUUCGUGUCUCUCCAGAUGGGCUAGGCGUUGCCACCGCAAGUAGGGACGAAACAAUCAAAAUAUGGUCCGUGUAG